AUGUCUUCCCGCAACGAGCCUCUUCGCGUGAGCGGAAUAUACCGCAAUCUGCCGCAGUUUAACUCGAAGGUCACUGGCUUGUCCGCGAUUGUUUGUGGUGCAAGCGGAAUAUCUGGUUUCCAUGCCCUGCGCGCCUUGCUUGAUACCCCUCGCUGGUCCUCCAUCUUCAUACUAUCACGUUCCCCUUUGUCAGAUAAAGCGAAGGCCUUUCUCACUGAAGAGCAGCUUUCUCGCAUCACCCAUGUGUCCGUUGAUCUCCUGUCGUCAGCUGCUUCUAUCGCCCGAGAUCUGCGGCUCGCCCAUGUCAAGGCAGACUACCUCUUUUACUACGCAUAUCUGCAGCCCAAGUCGGUGAUCGACCCCAUGAGUCCAGGAGCAGUCAAGGAAUUAAUCGAAACCAACGUUCCGAUGUUUCAAAACCUGCUGGAUGCACUACCUUUGGCGGAUACCAUACCUCGACGGAUCUUGAUGCAGACUGGAGGUAAAAAUUACGGUAUGCAUGUUGGGCGUGUGCGCACGCCUUUGGUCGAGUCCGACCCUCAGCCACGUCACAUCGCAGACAACUUCUACUAUCAUCAAGAAGAUGCCAUGAGAUCAUUCUGCGAGAAGUUCCCUGGUACUGCGUGGAAUAUUGUCCGGCCAUUUGGCAUCGUUGGUUCCGCUCCAAAUUCGCCACUCAACAUGUUCAUGUGCUUCGCGGUUUAUGCAAUUGUUCAAGCACAGAAGGGGGAACCAAUCGAAUUUGGCGGUGAUCUCGACGCAUGGCAGUUCGAAGCAGCUCAUUCAACUGCACGACUGACAGGAUACCUGAGCGAGUGGGCUGUCCUCGAAUCUGACUGUGCCAACGAAGCCUUCAACGCUGUUGAUGGAGUGACACUUAGUUGGGACAGAUUUUUCGGGGCCUUGGCACAAUGGUGGGGAGUGUCUCGUGGGGUUGUUGGCCCUGACCUGAACAGUGCCAAGUAUGACAAGGUCAUGACUCUAGGUGGAGCUGACAAAAAUCCCCUGGGUUAUGGGCCGCCAAAGGAAAUGAGGAGACGAUUCACCAUUAGGGAUUGGGCUGAGGACAAGGCCAACGAGGAAGUCUGGGUGAACUUGAUGGACAGGUCUCAGGGCACGCUCACCUGGAAUCCUUUCAAGGAGAACAAAGACGCCAUAUUCAACGGAGACUUUGCAUAUCUCUCAUUCGGCACUGCUUCCCUGAGCAAAGGCAAGAGAUUUGGAUACAACGGUUCUGUAGACACUCUUGAGAGUGUGCAUGAGAUGUACAUGGAGUGCGAGAAGAUGGGAAUGUUGCCAAAGAUGGAACAAGAACUUGCCGAGCCUUUGAUUUGA